ACGUGACGCGGCCGCGGAACCUGAGCUGUCGGGCCUAAGCCGAGCUAAAUUCGUUGCUGGUGGCCGCUGCGGGUGCAACCGCAAAGGCUGAUCCGCGAGGAGCUGGGGAGGCUCGUGGAGUGGAUGCUUCCUCUUCCACGUCAGGUCGGCUCCCAUUAUCUUCUCACCGUUCGUCGGUCCCGUCUCCCUGAGCAUUUGCAUGAGCUCUUUGGCGUGGGGGAGCUCCGGUGACCAUGUAGGGGGGACAGAGAGAGGAAGCUCCGGGUGCCUGGGACGAGGUCUGCGCCGUCUACACGCCGCCCACCACCCCCGGUGCGGGCCGCUGGGCCCGUGGGCCCCGGCGGGAACUCCGGCCUCCAGUUGUGGCCUGGCCGGGAGCGCCACGAAUUCUCGCGUCGUCUCGCGAGAAUCUAAGUUGAAGGAACAUGGCGACGUCUAAUCUGUUAAAGAAUAAAGGCUCUCUUCAGUUUGAAGACAAAUGGGAUUUCAUGCGUCCAAUUGUUUUGAAGCUUUUACGCCAGGAAUCUGUUACAAAGCAGCAGUGGUUUGAUCUGUUUUCGGAUGUGCAUGCAGUCUGUCUCUGGGAUGAUAAAGGCCCAGCAAAAAUCCAUCAGGCUUUAAAAGAAGACAUUCUUGAGUUUAUUAAACAAGCACAGGCACGAGUUCUGAGCCAUCAAGAUGAUACAGCUUUGUUAAAAGCAUAUAUUGUUGAAUGGCGAAAAUUCUUUACACAAUGUGACAUUUUGCCGAAACCUUUUUGUCAACUAGAGAUUACUUUAAUGGGUAAACAAGGCAGCAAUAAAAAAUCCAAUGUGGAAGACAGUAUUGUUCGAAAGCUCAUGCUUGAUACAUGGAAUGAGUCAAUCUUUUCAAAUAUAAAAAACAGACUCCAAGAUAGUGCAAUGAAGCUGGUUCAUGCUGAAAGAUUAGGAGAAGCUUUUGAUUCUCAACUUGUCAUUGGAGUAAGAGAAUCCUAUGUUAACCUUUGUUCUAAUCCUGAGGAUAAGCUUCAAAUUUAUAGGGACAAUUUUGAGAAGGCAUACCUGGAUUCAACAGAGAGGUUUUAUAGAACACAGGCACCCUCGUAUUUACAACAAAAUGGUGUGCAGAAUUAUAUGAAAUAUGCAGAUGCUAAAUUAAAAGAAGAAGAAAAACGAGCACUGCGUUAUUUAGAAACAAGACGAGAAUGUAACUCUGUUGAAGCACUCAUGGAAUGCUGUGUAAAUGCCCUGGUGACAUCAUUUAAAGAGACUAUCUUAGCGGAGUGCCAAGGCAUGAUCAAACGAAAUGAAACUGAAAAAUUACAUUUAAUGUUUUCAUUGAUGGACAAAGUUCCUAAUGGGAUAGAGCCAAUGUUGAAAGACUUGGAGGAACAUAUCAUUAGUGCUGGCCUGGCAGAUAUGGUAGCAGCUGCUGAAACUAUUACUACUGACUCUGAGAAAUAUGUUGAGCAGUUACUUACUCUGUUUAAUAGAUUUAGUAAACUCGUCAAAGAAGCUUUUCAGGAUGAUCCACGAUUUCUUACUGCAAGAGAUAAGGCGUAUAAAGCAGUUGUUAAUGAUGCUACAAUUUUUAAACUUGAAUUACCUUUGAAGCAGAAAGGGGUGGGAUUAAAAACUCAGCCUGAAUCAAAAUGCCCUGAACUGCUUGCCAAUUACUGUGACAUGUUGCUAAGAAAAACACCAUUAAGCAAAAAACUAACUUCUGAAGAGAUUGAAGCAAAGCUUAAAGAAGUGCUCUUGGUACUUAAAUAUGUACAAAACAAAGACGUUUUUAUGAGGUAUCACAAAGCUCAUUUGACACGACGUCUUAUAUUAGACAUCUCUGCCGAUAGUGAAAUUGAAGAAAAUAUGGUAGAAUGGCUAAGAGAAGUUGGUAUGCCAGCAGAUUAUGUAAACAAACUUGCUAGAAUGUUUCAAGACAUAAAAGUAUCUGAAGAUUUGAAUCAAGCUUUUAAAGAAAUGCACAAAAAUAAUAAACUGGCUUUACCAGCUGAUUCAGUUAAUAUAAAAAUUUUGAAUGCUGGUGCCUGGUCAAGAAGCUCUGAGAAGGUCUUUGUCUCACUUCCUACUGAACUGGAGGAUUUGAUACCUGAAGUAGAAGAAUUCUACAAAAAAAAUCAUAGUGGUAGAAAAUUGCAUUGGCAUCAUCUCAUGUCAAAUGGAAUUAUAACAUUUAAGAAUGAAGUAGGUCAAUAUGAUUUGGAGGUGACCACGUUUCAGCUGGCUGUAUUGUUUGCAUGGAACCAAAGACCCAGAGAGAAAAUCAGCUUUGAAAAUCUCAAACUUGCAACUGAACUCCCUGAUGCUGAGCUUAGAAGGACUUUAUGGUCUUUAGUAGCUUUCCCAAAGCUCAAACGACAAGUGUUACUGUAUGAACCUCAAGUCAACUCACCCAAAGACUUUACAGAAGGUACCCUGUUCUCAGUGAACCAGGAGUUCAGUUUAAUAAAAAAUGCAAAAGUUCAGAAAAGGGGUAAAAUCAACUUGAUUGGACGCUUGCAGCUCACUACAGAAAGGAUGAGAGAAGAAGAGAAUGAAGGAAUAGUUCAACUAAGAAUAUUAAGAACCCAGGAAGCUAUCAUACAAAUAAUGAAAAUGAGAAAGAAAAUUAGUAAUGCUCAGCUGCAGACUGAAUUAGUUGAAAUUUUGAAAAACAUGUUCUUGCCACAAAAGAAAAUGAUAAAAGAGCAAAUAGAAUGGCUAAUAGAGCACAAAUACAUCAGAAGAGAUGAAUCUGAUAUCAACACUUUCAUAUAUAUGGCAUAAUUUUGAAAAUCAUGGACAAUAUUAAGAACCCAGAUUUUGGAGUGCUUGGGCAGAAAGUUGUAACAGUUUGUGCUGGAGAAAGGUUUAUUUGGACUUUGAUUACAUAAAUAUUAAAAUCUCUGCCUUACCUUAUAAAACAACUAUAUUUUGCCAAUCACUUUAGUUAGCAUGAUGGCAUCCCCUUCAUGUUGCACACACUUUAACAGCAUGCUGUUUUGUGGAGAAACUUGCAUUCAUGAAGAGCCCAUUAUGAACUUUAAAAGGUAAAUUUGAUUUAUACCCACCUGGAGAAAUACAGUUGAAAAGGGUGACAGCGGGGUUCUUGUUGCUUUUUUCUCUUUUUUCCUCUCUUAAAAAAAUGUACUUGCACAAGGAAAGAUCUUCAGAUACUCAUGCACUGAAAAUGCUGUUAUCUUUUGUUUUUAAAAAAAUUCCAUUAAAACUAGAAAUAGCACUCUUGGUUUCUUGGAUGGAAGAGUGAGCUGUCAGCACAGCGUUGGGAGAGGGCAGACGUAGGUGAGAAGAUAAGUAUUUAAUAGUGUUGAAUUGUUCGAACACUGCUCAGCAGAAUACCUGGAUUUUAAAAGUGACCUAAAAAUGGUAUUAAAUACUUCCAACUUGGAAAUGUUCGUUUUCUUUCAGCAGGAGACUGCUGUUUUGGUUGGUUGUUGGUAAAUGUUUGGGUUUUUUUGUUUUGUUUCUUUUUUAAUCUUAAAAUGCUGGAGAGCUUGUUUUGAAAAAAGUGAAACAUAAACUGUUGCUUCCAUUUUUAAAAAAACUUUCCUUGGAGAUAGGUCAUUACAUAAAAUUGUGGAGUCAAAAAUAGCAAGACAAACAUAUUAAGUGUGUUUGCUAGCACGCUUAAUAUUUAUAUACUUAAUAUUUAUUAUGCCAUAUUCAAUUUCAUUAAAAACAUCACACAGAUCUCUUUCUCUGGUAUAAUACAGUUACAUAACUGAUCUCUUAAGUUGUAACAUAGAGCUAUUUUGGUAUUUUUAAAGUCUGAUGGUUAGGGAUUUAUAGCCUCAGGUUUCUGGAAAGACAGACAUGCUCUUUUAAAAAGAAUUAAGUGUCUAUCAUCUAGGAGGAAGAGAAAAAACCACAACAUAAGACCUGAAAAGCAUAAGCAGAAUUGUUGCAAUCAUAAUAUGAGCAGUAAACUUGCCAAAUAUAUGUAUAUAUAUAUAUACUUAUAUAUUUUAAAAUAAACAUUUUUUAAAUGUUCAGAAGGCAACACUACCUUGUUCCUUUCAGUCAAUCCAAAGUAGCAACUUACUAGUUGCUAGCAACUGAAUACCCAGAGUAGUAGAAAUUUUAUGACUUGAGGUCUUAAACAACUUAGAAAAAUUUAUUCCCCAUUGGGAAAAAUGGAUCAACAUGGAUUUUUACUCAUUGUGGUGCACAUUUCAAAUUUUCUUACAAAUUAUUUUGUAUCUUGUUUGAUGUUAAGUAAUUAGAUUAAAAGUAUGGUUUUCAAGGCAGUAGGAAGUGGAGUGCUAGAACUGAAAGGCAUGCAGUGUUACAUGAUAGCAGAGCGCUUUUUCAGGCAUUUCAUGGAAUCUGUCCCCAGUCCCAAGAGGCUUUGGUGAGCUGCCUGCUGAAAGAAAGGAAAGCAGAUCUAAAACAUGUAAGGUUUUACUGAUGAUAUAUAAAUACCAGUUCUGAAGCACAUAGAAAAUUGGAAAUUUGUUUUACACUUCAUUCUCUAAGGUAGUGUAUGUCACUUAUUAGACCAAGGAUUUUGUGGAAAAUUAAAAUAAAAUUAGUGCUCACUGUUUUCUUGAAUUAGAUGUCUGCUAACCACAUGGGUAGGUUUGAAAUUUAGAAGAAAUAAUUUUGUGAUAAUUGUGGUUGUUCUGUUUAACAAAUAGUUUGGUAUUGGCAUAUUUGCUUAUCCCAAUACAAGGAUGCCAAAAGAGAAAACAACGGGAGGAAAAAUUGCAGGCCAUUUUUUAAAGUGUAAGACUUGUUUUAAACCAUAAUUGUUCUCUGAACUCUUUUGGAAUUUGUAGUCUUUUUGGUCAUAUAAUUGAAGAAUGAGUGCCAUAAUGUUUUGAUUUAUAAAGGCAAAUUUAAUGUAGAAGUGGGUAACAGUAAAUCCAUGGCAAAGUUUUCUAUUCAAUUUUGUAAAUUUUUUAAUAGCUAAUUAUGUCUUGAUUAUAUUUGGGGGAUCAAACAGCAGCAAAUACUGUAGACUUAGUUUUCAUCAUACUUUUGUUAUGUAUACUAAAGUUUACUUCAUGGUAUUUAUGAAAACCAUUUAGUUGAACAAGGUGCCUAUACCAUUGUUGAAUUUUCUUUAAAGAUGUUUUGACAAUAGAUUUGUUCAUUUAAAAAAACAUAAUUAAAAUGUUACCAGCGGUUUGCUACAGGUGUAGAGGCACAGUAUCCUUUAUCAGGUCUUUUCUGUAAUAUGUUUUGAGAAAUUAGUGCUGUCUGAGCAGAGGUGAAACCUGACGUAGUUAAGGGGGGAAAAAAUCCAGCAACCACCCCUCCCCAGUGUUUUUUUUGUUUUGCUUUUUGUCCAUGAGUAGUUUGGCAAUAUGAUGCUUCAGAGGUUGAUUUAAACUGUGAACACUUACCUUCUAAUUUAAGAUGGAGCCUUCUGGAUGAUGUUAACUUUUGUUGUCAUCUCGUUGCCAGAGUGAGUAGACAUGAAACAGAAUUUACAAAGUAAAAUACAGGUCAAUUUUGAUGCUUACAGUGAGAUAAAUACUAGAACCAUUAUACUGUUCCAAUGGUUUAAUGAGGAUCUUGAAAUAAAUUCUGAAGUCUUCCAAUUUUUACAUUUUUUUGGAGGGGGUCACUGAAUUCUGUCAACCUGUUUAUUUAAGUCUCUUGCUCUUACUUUUGCAUAAAUGUUAAAAAUUCCAAAAAUGAAAUGUUACCUUUCUUAUAUUUUCAUUUUAUUAAAUUUAAUACAUACUGUGACCUGAAUAGUAAAAAAAAGUAUUUUGCAUUCUUUGCAGUAGGCUAUCAUUAGCCCUGCCGAAGGGGCAAAUUUUAAAAAUUCAAUUUGGGUGAAAGAUUUGCUAGUUUUACAGAAAGCUUUCCUAUCUUAAACUCAAGCUGGUUUUUCUAUUUUCAUGUAAAUGACUGGGAUGCUGUCUUAGAAAUUCUUCCAAGGUCAUGUUUGUGAAAUAAACAUUACAUGAGAGCUUUCCUGUCAUCUACAUUAUGUUGUCUGGAGUGUUGAACAAAUUUGAAUUCCUAGGUUGUAAUCUAUCCUUAUAUGGUCUAUACGAUUUUGAAUGUGUGCCACUACAUACUGAGAUGAUAAUGCUGUACAAUUUUAAAUGGUAGCAGUUUCUGUAUGCAGUAGGCUGAAAUAUUUUGAUGAACUGCUUAAUUUUUGGAUUUUAUUUUUUAAGUUGUAUAAUUUAUUUUCUUGCAAAAUAAAAAUGUAAUAUAAAAGCUUUC